AUGCCUGUCGAUGCGCCGCCGCCUAUGCCGCCGCCACCAUACUUCAAGACGGACUUCAUCAACCCUAGCUCCUUCAAAGCUGCCGUCGAUAGCAAACUGGACAAGCCUUCAGUUUCGCUAUUCCGCUUAAGCAUACGAUUGUUCCAGCUCAUUUUCGCACUUGCCUCUGGCACAUCCUAUGCCAUCGAGCUCUCAAACGGCAACGGACGCGGAGAUGCAUCAGGAAGCUUCGUUUUCUCCCAAGUCACAUUCAGUGCAACAAUCAUCGCCCUUGUCAUCAAUGGCACAACUGUGCGAUACUACCGAUUCUCAUGGAUAGUGGACUGGGUACUGACGGUCUUCUGGCUUGCCCUUUUCGCCACCUUUUACAAGGUAUAUCUGGGGGGCGCAAUGGAGCCAGCAUUUGAACCAGUUAACAUAGGACGUAUGGAGCGAGCGGUCUGGUGCGAUCUCGUCAAUGCGCUGCUAUGGUUUGGAAGUGCCGUGUUCUCGUCAGCAAUGUGCUAUUCAGGCAUCAAGGGUUCUAUUCAGGCGAAACUCAGACAAAGACAACAAAGAAAAGAGACCAAGAAGUCAAUGGAGACAAUGAGUGCGAUGGAAACGGGGAUAAUCUGA